AUUUAUCAUAAGCCAUGGACGAGGAUCCACAGAGGAGUCACAAGAAAAGAAAUGCGGGAGCGAAGUUCAACAAAAAGAAGAAAAGAAAACUAGAAAAGGAAGAAAAAGAAAACACAGUUGAAACAGAUGCAAGAAAGAGGAACCCGAAAGCUUUCUCAUUUCAGGCAGUCAACAAAACAGCACGUAUCGUGCACCGAGCUCUCGACAAACAAACACGGAAACACAAAGUCCCGGAGGUAGACCGGACUCCUGUGGACCCUCCUCCCAGUUUGGUGGCAGUAGUGGGUCCUCCUAAAUGUGGUAAAACUACCCUUAUUAAAUCCCUCGUCAAGCAUUAUACCAAACAGAAUGUUAACCAAGUUAAGGGUCCGUUGACGGUGGUGACGGGUAAGAACAGAAGAUGCACGUUUGUGGAGUGUCCUAAUGAUAUCAGCUCGAUGAUAGAUGUGGCAAAAGUCGCUGACUUAGUCUUGCUGAUGGUGGACGCUAACUUCGGAUUCGAGAUGGAGAUUUUCGAGUUUCUAAACAUAGCCCAGGCUCACGGGCUACCUCGGAUAAUGGGGGUGCUGACCCAUCUUGACAUGAUGAAAGCUAACAAAGCGAUGAACAGGACAAAACGGACCCUGAAACAUCGCUUCUGGACGGAGGUCCACCAAGGAGCUAAGCUUUUCUACCUGAGUUCAAUGAGCUUUGAUUUGUACAACAAGAGAGAUAUUCUAAACUUGGCGCGGUUCAUUUCUGUAAUGAAGUUCAAGGUGUUAUCGUGGCGAGCCACACACCCCUACAUCGUGGUGGACAGAGUGGAGGACAUGACAGACCCGGAACUGAUAGACAAGAAUAAGAAAUGUGACAGGAGUGUGGGGUUAUAUGGCUGGGUUCGAGGAGCUAAUAUGAAGAGUGACACAAGUGUUCACGUGUGCGGUGUAGGGGAUCACGUGUUAUCAGACAUAUCCCUCCUUGCUGAUCCCUGUCCUCCUCCUGGCAAGGAGAAUACCACUCGUCGCAGGACGUUGAAUGAGAAGGAGAGGUUACUUUACGGCCCCAUGGCGGGAGUGGGUGGUCUUAUCUACGAUAAGGACGCCAUUUACAUACAAACUACUGAGCGACAAAAGAAAAAUGUGGGCGAUGACUUGAUUGAAGAGUUAGCUCAACAGAAAGAAACUCUUGACGAGAAGCUCGGCACAACGGAGAUCAGCAUAUUUUCUGGUUCCACAGGUCGGAUAAAGAACGAUGAAUUCAACGACGGCCAAAGAAGGAAGAUGGUUUUUGAUGACGAUGAUGAUGUGGAAGAAGGAGAUGAAGAUGACGAUGACGAUGAAGAGAGCGCAGAGGAAGAUGAUGAAUAUGAUGAAGAUGAGGAAGUGGAAGAAGACGGAGAUGAAGAAAGUGACGCUGACGGGUCGGGGGAGGAGGAAGAAGAGGAGGAGAAGGACGGGAUGAUUGUGGGAGCUGCCAGGUGGAAAAGAAACAUAGCUAACAAAGCUAAGGAGAGCUUCAUUCAACGGCAACUCAAUGCUAAGAAUCUUCACUCGAUAAUCUACGGAGAAGAUACGGACAGCUCAGGUCAGUUUACAGGGUUGCUUGCGGAGACACGAACCACAGUGGACUGUACACGACACAUGUGGGCGGGAGUGUCCGAGUGGGAGGAUCCGGACAAGAGGGCCGAUAUUAGGGACUGUUUUGUAACGGGGGAGUGGGGAGAGGAGGAGGGAGAGGAGGAUGAGGGCUUCGGAGAAUUUGAGGAUUUGGAGGCAGAGCCAGAACAAGAAGAAGAGAUGGAAGUCAUCGAAGAAGAAGAAGAAGAAACGCCUGAAAACGAAGAAACAACCCCCGAAGAAGAGAAGUCCAAAUAUCAGAAAAAGAAGGAAAACCUAAAGAAAAUGUUUGACACUGACUACGACGAGAACGGGGACGAGUCCAAGUAUUUUGCAGAUCUGCAAGAGGAGGCAGACGCGCAGACCAGGACGAACAAGGAGUUCUUCGCUGAUGAGGCUCACAGAGAGAGAUACGAAGGUUUCCGAGCAGGUCAAUAUGUCCGUGUAACAAUAGCCGACAUGCCAUGUGAACUGGUGGACAUGUUAGAUCCCCACUACCCUCUGGUAGUGGGAGGAGUUGCUAGUCUCGAGCAUCAGAUGGGCCUACUUCAGACCAGGACUAAACGCCACAGGUGGUACCCUAAGAUACUAAAGGCUCAGGACCCAAUAGUGGUCUCGCUGGGAUGGAGAAGGUUCCAGACCCGUCCAGUCUACUCAAUACAGGAUCACAACAUGAGGCAGCGCAUGUUGAAGUACACUCCUGAACACAUGCACUGUCACGCCACCUUCUACGGGCCCCUGGCUCCUCCCAAUACCACCUUCAUUGCUACACAGGGUGCGACUGAUAAGAAGACGUCCUCGUUCCGUAUUGUAGCUACAGGGGUUAUUCUGGGACUUGAUAAGACAGUUGACGUGGUCAAGAAGUUGAAACUUACCGGAACCCCUUACAAGAUAUUUAAGAACACCGCCUUCCUGAAGGGAAUGUUUUCCUCUAUCCUAGAGGUUUCCAAGUUCGAAGGAGCCAUGAUAAAGACUGUCAGUGGAAUUAGGGGUCAAGUAAAACGUGCCCUCUCUGCGCCACCAGGAGCAUACAGAGCUUCCUUCGAGGAUAAGAUCCAGAUGUCAGAUAUAGUGUUCUUGAGAUGUUGGGUAAGUGUGGAUAUCCCCAAGUUCUACACGCCUGUUAUUAACCUCCUCACUGCGGACAAGACAUGGGCCGGGAUGAGAACUGUAGCGGAGCUGCGGAGAGAGAAAGGAGAGACCAUUCCUGUCAAACAGGACUCGCUCUAUAAAGAAAUAGAACGGAAGACAAAGGUCUUCAGACCUCUAAAGGUCUCCAAAUCCCUACAAAAGAACCUACCGUUCAAAACAAAGCCGAAAGUUGAGAAUAAGAGAAAGAAACAGUUAUAUGUUACUAAACGAGCUGUAGUAUCUGAGCCAGGAGAACGAAGGCUAACAUCUCUGAUGCAGCAACUGUUGACUGCCCAAAAGGAGACUGAUAAGAAGAAAAACGAGAAGAAGAACAAGGAGAAAGUCAAAUAUCUUGCUGAGCAAGCUAAGAUUAACGUGAAGAAAGGAGAGAAAGCCAAAGAGCGACGGAAGCUAUUCUAUCAGAAGAACGCAAAGAAAGAUCAAGCUGAUCGUGAAGACUGAGUUGAGGAUCAUCUUCUUUUAAUUCCGAUAUUUUAACUUUCAUUUUUCCUACUUUCAUUUACUACUUUUCUUCAAUAUGUUGGUUAUGAAGAUUUGGUGGUAAAUUUUAUUUUGGCUUACGUUUUAUGGG